AAACCCUAAUCGCGACGACUGCAGGCAGCGAAUUCCUCCACCACUCCCGGCGGCGAAGAUGAAGUACAAUCCGCGCGUUUCCUCCUCUCGGCGCAAGAGCCGGAAGGCGCACUUCACGGCGCCGUCGAGCGUCCGCCGCGUCAUAAUGAGCGCGCCCCUCGACACCGAUCUUAGGUCGAAAUACAACGUCCGUUCGAUGCCGGUCCGUAAGGACGACGAGGUUCGCGUGGUCCGUGGAACCUACAAAGGACGCGAGGGUAAGGUAGUUCAGGUUUACCGCAAGAAAUGGGUGAUCCACAUCGAACGCAUUACUCGCGAGAAGGUUAAUGGAUCCACCGUCAACGUUGGCGUACAUCCUUCCAAAGUGGUCAUAUCGAAGCUCCGCCUAGACAAGGACCGGAAGUCGCUGCUCGACCGCAAGGCGAAGGGACGCGCCGCAGCUGACAAAGACAAGGGGACAAAGUUCACAGCAGAGGAUAUUAUGCAGACCAUUGAUUAAUAAAGGUCUUACUUCAUAACUUUCGAUAUAUUUUAUUUAGGUAAUCGAUGAGAGUUGAUUAUUCGAAACUACGUUGCUAUCUCGACGGAAUUUCGAUUUUGCCUAUUUCCAUGCAGUGCAGAUUUUGCUAUUGAAAUUUUCCUUUGAAUUUGAUUCCUAUAUAUAUAUAUAUAUCUAUAUUCACUGUUCUUCUGUGACUUCUUGUUUAAGGAUUCAUCUAUUUUUUAUUUCAUGUGGUUUUGAAGAUGAAUUUAUGUGAUAAUUCAGAAUCGGAAUUUUAUCUA